CAUGGGGGCACCGCAUGUUCUUUCACCGCCUCCUCGAGUUCGCCUGUCUUGACGUAGUCGACGGAGCUCUGUGUAAAUUCCUGCCUUCUUCUUAGGCCGGUGAGAUUAGGGUUUCUCGUCAUGUGGUGUCAUUUGGUCUCAGGUGCUUCAGAUAUAUGCAAGAGUAUAACGGCGACGAAUGCGGCUCCAGGACACUGGUCUUAGGGGCAUGUCCACGAAGACUUCCAGGCUAUCAUCGACAAGGUCAAGCCGCCGGCUCCGGUAAGGGAGCGGCGACAGCAGGGCGUCGGUGGCUCAUUCUGGCAGCAGUAGUCAUCGUUUGGUGGUCUCAGAAUCUUAAUGUUAUUUUUUAAAAUAUUUGAGAUGCUUCGCAUUUUCGGUGAACUUUUAUAAUGGAUCUGAUCUCGCAACAAAAGGAUAACCAAGUAAAAAUAAGAUUCCACCAUUUUCACAUGCUGAUGAGAUGCACGUGCACUGCGUUGUAAAAGAAGUAAACAAUGAUGAUUUCACUACAACCGUGAGCUAUCAUGCAUAUGUGAUCGUGGAAACUUGAGAGGAGAUCUGAACACAGAGAAAAACUCAUCCAAGAUCACCAUCCUUGUACAUUGCUAACAAGAACAAAGAAGGAGCAAUGCUACACACACGAACAUCUCUUUUACGGGGUUCACAGAGAGGUUGAGGUGGGCUUUUUUGAUUGGGUGUAAAUCAGGCUGAGGAGCCCACCCUAACUAAAAAUCGGUGAAAAAUAAUAAUACCUUUCCCUUCCCUUCAUUUUAUCCAACCAAAAACUCCCACCUAAGCCCUCACGUAAAUUCCCAAAGGAUCUACUCCCCCCGAUUCAAAAAUGGUAUCGUGGCUUUAGUUUAGAUUUAAACUAAAGUUGAACUAAAGUCACGACAGGUAAUGUGCGUUUGGUGGGAGGAGAUGUUUCCAUCGACAACGAAGACGCCCAUGACUACUUCAUUAAACUCAAGAUGGUAUCGGCUCAGUUUCUCAGAAGUGUUCAUAGAGCUAGAAUGUGCAAUGCGUGCGUUCAUAAGGAGGGUAUAUAUGUGUAUGUAUGAUCUUCUGUGUCCUGUCUCCGUCUCUACUGUGUAAAAGUUACUAGGACGCUGAGCAUUCUAGAACAACAACGUCGCGGUUCAAACCCCUCCUAUGUUAUCUUUUUUUGGCCUAAUUAUAUGGAUAUAUACAACAGAAUUAUAUAUAUAAAAACAAAGAGUUGGACUAUUCUUCCACCACCACCACCACCAACCCCGCUUAUAUAAACGCCGCUGGCGGAACAAGAAACAGCACUUGCCAUGGCUGAUCUCGAGCGUCUCAACAUCUCCUGCAACCUGACACGCACGCCGGCGCCGCUGCGCCCUUCGUGCGAUCCGCCACCGACCCUCCUCGCCGCGCUGGUGGUACUUGUCUUCUGGCUUUGGGGGAACCUGCACCCUUUGCCUGACGGGGCGCCCGACCCCCGACCAGAUCCCGGCGAUUCCAGAGGACGCUGACGAGGCUGAGGUGGAAGCCGCUGCCAUACCUCCCGAUGGCGCUGGCACGCCUCCUCGAAGCGAGCGCGAGCCGUACGGCGACGGCGGGGGCGCCUCAAGCAGCGGCAGACAGGAAGCAGCCCCGGCCGCGGCUGCACACUUCCGGAGGGAUCCGUCGUCAAUCCGGUACCAGGAAGCAGAAGGCGCCGCUGCCCUCCCUCCAGCUGGUACGCCUCCCCGAGGCGAGCGCGACCCCUACGGCGCCGGCGGGGGCGCCUCAUGCAGCGACAGGCAGGAAGCAGCCCCGGCCGCGGCUGCACAAUUCCGGAGGGAUCCGUCGUCAAUCCGGUACCUGGAAGCAGCAGGCGCCGCUGCCCUCCCUCCCGCUGGCAAGCCCUACGGCGCCGGCGGGGCCGCCUCGAGCAGCGGCAGACACGAAGCAACCCCGGCUGUGGCUGCACACUUCCGGAGGAAUCCGUCAAUCACGUACCAUGAAGUAGCAGGCGCCGACUCCGUGGACAUGAUCCGAGGAGGCUCGUGCGAGUGCGAUGCAGGGGCUUGUGUGGAAGUGGAACGCCGAGCCUUCGUCCAUGCUACAUUCGACAGAUCUGGUGAGGCUGCUGGUAUCCUUCAGAAGAUGGUGGAUGGUUUUGGGACAAUACUUCUCAGCGCAGAUGACGUCGAAGAAUCCACAAUUCAUCUAGCAAACAGACAUCUCGUUGAAGCUCUGGAAUCAGCACAUGCCAUCGGAUGCACGGCUGAUUUUCUCUCUCAGAUGCUUGACGGCUGGGGCUGUAAGCUGGAGGGGGAUGCGCGAAGGAUAUGGCAGGGUGAAAAGUGUAGAGAAUACAUUUUCCUGUUCAGCAAUGCAUAUGAUGUUUUGCUGAUUAUGCGUGGUCGAGGAGCAACCUUUUCAAACGUAGAACUAGAGAGUAGGCUCAGUGCGAUGUUCCGUCGAUACAAGACCAGCUACUUGGAUGAGUGCUGGGCGCCUCUGAUGAACUACCUAGACCGUUUGGAUAAGUUUAGUGAUGAAUUUUGUAUCAUCUGCAGACGUCAGAUGACACUGAAGGUUAAUGCUAACCUCAGGUACAAGCUACGGAAAGAGAUUGUGGGUUUGAUUGUUCCACAGUACCAGGUUUCAUUCUUGGCCCAGAGGAAGAAUCAGAGUCGCCUCUCACGGGCGCUACAUUGCCGAAAGCGAGUCAUGGCAGGAAAACAAAAGAUGUGCACUGCCGAGGAAUUGGAAAUGGUGAUAAAUGAUUUGUUUGAAGGAUGAUCUGAACCUAGUCCUAGGGCACCGGUUUACUCAUUUGUUCUAGUUCUAACGUCCAAACGUUCCACGUGUAUAUACAUUUUGAGGCGAAUUGCAUUGUGUGUAUAUAUAAUUCUUUUAUCCGUGCGUCUCAUCAGGUGUCCCCGGCCCCGGUACGUACUAACCUUGUUGUGAUUAGGCUUGUACCUUGUGGAUUUGGGGCUAUUGUUUGUGGUGCUGCCCCCGGCCCGGUGCGAACCUCUUUAUUUUCCGUGAUUUUAUUGCUUUCCUUUUGAAUUGUAUAAACUUGGUAUACUUGAUGGAUGUGGUUUAUAUAUAAAGCGGGAGCGAGCCUUUUCCAUCAUAAGCGUUGAAAAAUGAGCGGGAGAAAAAUCAGCACAACCAAGCAUGACGUACGUGUUCGGCAAAACACAAUGUCUACUCGUAUUUUACUUUGCGUUGAACCGUCGACCCUCACCUUGCCGUCCAGUGAGCCGUGCGGAGAAGGGGAAAAAGGACGAAAACAACGAGUAUCUAGAUGCAACAGGGGCUCGUCGGCAAUAGAGCAUAGAAAAUGGAAUCACCUCGCUGAACGGAACCUGUUGGUGGCUUGGUGCCCGACGGUCUCGGGCAACUGCUGCUGCCUGGCGGUAAACAUGCCGGCCUCCGGCCGCCCGCCCUGGGUGUGAAGAAUGCGCAGAGGAGAGAAGAAAAGACAAGUGUGUAUUAGGAUAAGGCUCAUGCCCGUGUGGGUAGGGAACAAGAGGUGAUCGUU